UCACGAUUGUUUGUUUGGAGUUCAAAACCUCUACCAACACUUGAAGAUUGAAGAUGCAAAGGGCACCCCUGCCUUGCUUGCUCGCUAAGUUGCAGGUGUGGUUGCGUGGGGCUUCUGUUCCUGCAUCUUCCCUCCCCUCCGCUCCCCCUCACUUGACCUGCCUUACUCAUUGGCUCAGCUCAGCUCACCCUCCCUUCCCACCUCCAAUUCCGUUCCAGCUGACGACACUCCUCACGUCAACGCCACGAACAAACCAUCAACUCUGAUCUGGUUCCCCGAACUCGCGAAUCGUCAUUCAUAUCACGAUUGGCCAAGGCAUCGACAGAUCGUCUUCCAACACGUACCCCGCCCACCCCCACUACACGUUGCAAGAACGAGCUACUCCAACGGGAACUGCUGUGGUUCUUGAAGGGACGGAGAGUUAUACAAGGGAUAUUUCAUAAAGACUGAAGUAGAGAGACCUCGCAGGGAAACAUGGCGCCUAUCAAGGGACCUGGCGAGGCGAGGACAUACGACGGCUCCGGUCUUCGCAUUGGAAUCGUCCACGCCCGCUGGAACGCGAAGCUCAUCGAUGCGCUGCUAUCUGGCACACGCAAGGCGCUGAAGGCGUCAGGCGUCAAAGACGAGAACAUUGUGGUGCAGAGCGUGCCCGGCAGCUACGAGCUUCCUUACGCAGUCAAGCAAUUGUACUCGGCAUCGCAAGUGCAGUCAUCAUCGACAGGCAUCGUCGGGGCAGCCGCCGACCUUCUAGGCUCGGCAUCCGACCUCACCUCGCUCGCUGGAACGGCACCGGCCGCAACGUCAACGCAGCCCUUCGACGCCGUCAUCGCCAUCGGCGUGCUCAUCAAGGGCGAGACCAUGCACUUUGAAUACAUUUCGGAUGCUGUCAGCCACGGCUUGAUGCGCCUGCAGCUCGACGGCAACGUGCCGAUUGUGUUUGGACUGCUCACUCUGCUGUCGGAGGAGCAGGGUCUGUACAGGGCGGGCAUUGCAGGUAGCGGGGGCAAUGAGGGACACAACCACGGAGAGGACUGGGGAAGCGCGGCGGUAGAGCUGGGUGUCAAGCGCAAGGGAUGGGUGGAGGGCAAGAUUAUAGAUCGCUCCUCUGAACCUCCAUCCACCACUGCUGCGGAAGCGCUGGCCUUGCAUUCCACUCGUGCAUUGCUCACAUCUCCCUCCCACCACCACCAUUCCCUCCACCUGUCUACCUCGCCGUCUCGAUUAUCCGGCUACCUGCCACCUCCCUUCACUCCACAGCGCGCCUCUCUUCUGCCGCUGACAAGCCGUGUGUCAUUCAUCCUUGCAACUCACACAAUCAAUCAAUCCCUUUCUCCCUUCUCAUCCUCUCUUCUUUCGCGCUGCGUGAGGCGGCUUUUGUUUCCCACGUCGCCAAUCUCGCGUGCACAGCGCGCGUCUCCAUAUACACACCCGGCAAUCACAUACGGCGACACUUGCUGCACCUGGGUCGAGUCCGCUUUCCACUGUAACAGAGACCGCGUCUCCUCCCUCGCCUCUCCGCCGGUGGCAGCAGACGGACGUUCGCGUCAGACGCAGCAACCGCCCUCAGCCCCCCUGGCUCAUCUGCGUCCGGGCCUCCUUGCGAUUGAUGGUAACGCGAUUGAUACGGAUGGCAACGUUUUGACACAUUCACCAGAUAACAAUGGCCUUCGAGCACGUGGCCUGCUGAACAGCUCUGUCCCCAGUUCGGCCUCAUCCGUCGUCCUCUCGCCCAGCGCCAUGUCGCACGCCGGACGCCAUCCCUCCCUGCAUACCCUGACUCCUUUGACCAGCACAGAUUCGUCGCCGCCAGGCAAGCUGCCUAGCCCUCGGCACCCCGCGCAUCCUCAUGACACGAUGAGCGCGACCCCAUAUUCUGCGCCCUCCAGCGCCUCCGCCAAAAUUGCCCCCGAUACCAUCACACCCGUGCACACGCCGCCAGAUCUGAGGAUAUCGAUAUGGCCUGCCGAUGGAAAACUAGGCCUGCGCCUCACCUACGACCCCGUGUUGGACACUAAACUCGACAAGAAGGCCAAGCACGGGCGGAACCCGGUAUAUAAGCCGAUAUUGGAUAAGGGCGAUCCAUCUCCCCCUCCCGACCCCCGUCUGGCCAUUGCUGGCUACACCUCUGGGAACUAUCCUAUUAAGACUGUUGGUACAGCUGCGCCCAAAUCAAAGCUACGGUUAGCUCCUUACAUCGCCAAACCCUAUUCAUUCGAUUCGCGCAUUUCAUGUGGCCCUGGGCCUGCCACGCAGGUUGUGGUCACGGGAUUCGACCCAUUGACAUCUGAUACCCAACUCCGCGCUUUUUUCACCUCCUACGGGCAUAUCGAAUUCGUCAGAAACCAAGUCCAUCCGGACAAUGGCAGUUUUUUGGGUAUUUGCCUCGUCAAAUUCCGUGAUACCGCGCCUACGCGCACCGCUCCAGGUGUCAAGGCCUCCACUUCAGCUAAACGAGCCGAACGAGAAGGCACUGGCCAGCGUCUUGGCAUGCAAACAAUCAAGGUGCACUCCGAUCGCGAAGGCCGAAGAUGCACACGUUUGGUCAAUGCUAUAGUAGAACAGAGUCGCAAGGAGGCCGAAAAGCUUCGUGCGGCGUUGGCGGCUAAAACAGCCACGCCGACGACCCCCACGGCAUUUGAUUUGCCUGCUAAUGUUCCCAAAGGACCCUCGGGGAGGGGCGCGCGACCCCCUCCGAUUCGGGAAACCCGCAAGCAGCAGCUGUCGUAUCUUAUUGAAAAGGAACCUAUAAAACCUGGAUUGAAGAGACAGCCGUAUCUGUUCAUCGCGCAUCAAUAUGUUCCCGUGCUCAGCACCACUGUGGAUCACUUAAAGAAGCGACUGCGAACGUUUUACUGGAAGGCGGUACGAUGCGAUCCAACCGGAUACUACGUGGUCUUCGAAGAGUCGAAGCGAGGAGAAGAUGAGACGGUGCGGUGUUACAAAGAGUGCAACAUGGCCGCUCUCUUCACCUACGUCAUGAACAUGGAAUGCUGCCAAUAUGGCGACCCAAACUACGAGCGCAGUCCCAGUCCCGAACGAGUUCUGGAAGACAACAAGCGCAAAGCCGAACAAGAGCGAAUCGCGCGAGAAGAAGCAGAGGAUUUCGAAUGGGAGAAGAAGCGGAGAGCGGAGCAACUGGACCCCGUGGCCGCUGCGCUGGAAAUCGUCAAACAAGAACUGCUGGAAAAACUUGUCGGCGACGUUCAAGGCAAAGCUGGGCCGAUCCUGAUUGAUCUGCUGAACCCAGAUCGCCACGUCGAGAAGAGGCGGAAACUCAACAUUGCGGAUCCACCAAAGACAAUGGAAGAGACACGUCCUCUACCCAUGCUUCUCCCAGGAAUGGACUCUGCACACCAUGUGCCGCCAAAGGGACGCGGUGCGGGCCGUCAUGGCCGGCGACCGUUCGGUGUUGCUGAUCACAAUCGCGGACGCGGAAAGAGGCCCCAACGGGAAUUGGAUCCGUUUGCAGAUCCUCGUCGCCGGAAAGUGCAUCAGAAACCUCGCGCUCCUCACGGACUUUACCGGAAACUCAUGGAUGCCAUGGAAGAUGAAGAUUCCGACGAUGAGAAACGGAGCGCUCAUACCCGGGCUACCGAGGAGCAAGAGAGCCGUCCGCUCAGUCGCGCACAAAGCAGCGAUGAAGACGACGAUGAUGAAGAAACGUCGCGAGCCCAGAGAGCCAAACGACGGCGUCUGGAGGCCGGAUGGGGUGAGGAUAGUGAUGACGAGGUCAUGGACGAUUCGCAUGCUCGAAGUUUGCUUGCUCAUUGCAUCCACAAAGACCCCGAUACCAUGGCCGAGAAGGAGCUGGAACAAGUGCUGGCAAUCCUUCCGCGCUCCUCGCCUAUUUGGAAGAAAGCAGAGAAGGCGCUCAAAGGCUUCAGACGCCUGCGGAAGAUUGAACAGGAAGCAGACGCAAUCUUUGGGCCGCAGGAAACAAUUGCAAACACCAAACUGGAUCCUGAAAUCAUCAUCACACAGGACGCUGACGAAAUGGCUAAGCCUAUCGAAACGACCGAGCUGCCUGAACCAGUCAAAGAACCGGCCAAGAAGCGGACGACCAAAACGAAGAAGAAGACCAAGAAGCAGAUGGAAGAGGAGGCCAAAGCCGCCGCAGUUUCCGUUGCCGAAAUUUCACCUACUGCAGAGGAGACUUUGGAUCCUGACGAACCCAAGCCUGCCGUAUCGGAGACGCCCGCCGUGGAAGAGACUCCCGAAGGAGAACAGCCACCUUCGGGCGUGUACUGGGGGGUCUCUCCUUACGAACCUCGCGCGACUGUUCAAGAUGAUUUCAGCGUAGUCAUGGAUAUUGAUGGCUGGCAGCAUCUUGUCAAGGACGACGAAGAUCUCAGAUUUCUCAGGACUGCACUUCAGCCUGUUGCGCCUGCAGACAUUGGAGACGCCAAUCUCUGGGCCUGGAAGCAGAAGUCUAUCAAGCAUCUUAACCGGCCGGGAGAAGAGGGAGUAUCCCGCUCAGAAACGAAGAUUGAGGGCUACUACGUGCCAAAUUCUUCCGGCAGCGCCAGGACCGAAGGGGUCAAGAAGAUACGCGAGUCUGAGAAGUCGAAAUACUUGCCUCAUCGUAUUCGUGUUCAGAAGGAACGAGAAGAACGACAGCGUCAAGCCAAGCAGGAUGGCCCUGGUACCACGGUGGUUGAAGGCUUCAAGUUCCAGACAUCGGCGGCGAAACAAAGCACCACUGCAAACUCGCGUGCCAAUCGCGCCAACAACCGUCGCUUGGUCAACGACAUCAGCAUAUCCAAGAACAUGACGGGUGCCGAGGGCGAUGCUCUGCGAUUCAAUCAGCUGAAGAAGCGGAAGAAGCUCGUCAAGUUCGACCGUUCCGCCAUUCACAACUGGGGUCUCUACGCGCAGGAACCCAUCACCGCAAACGACAUGAUUAUCGAAUACGUGGGCGAGAAGGUCCGACAGCGCGUCGCCGACUUACGCGAGGUCAAGUACGACAUGCAGGGCGUGGGGUCCAGCUACCUUUUCCGCAUCGACGAGGACACGGUCAUCGACGCGACCAAGAUGGGCGGUAUUGCACGGUUCAUCAAUCACAGCUGCACGCCAAACUGCACCGCCAAGAUCAUCCGCGUCGAGGGCACAAAGCGCAUCGUCAUUUACGCGUUGCGGGAUAUCGGGCAAGACGAAGAACUCACGUACGAUUACAAGUUUGAGCGCGAAAUGGACGCUACGGAUCGGAUUCCUUGUCUCUGCGGGUCGGUUGGGUGUAAAGGGUUCCUCAAUUAA